GAAUCAUUACAAUACACAUUGUUAGUGAGAGCCAUGAAAUCUAUGAAUACAUCAAUGUUAGAAAAAUGGCGGGGCGAUCACCAAGAUCAGACGAAAGAUUAAGAAUAUAGAAAUCAAACUCGGUUAACAGUGGUGGGCGACACCGCAGUUCCUUCUUUCUUUUAUUACCGUUCUCUUACUGUGCCUUGGCAGCACUACAAAGGCGAAGUUGAGAAUGUGGGGGUAUGGAUUUAGCGUGUAAACAAUAACAAACAGACGCUAUUGCAACUGUUCUGUUUUUGAGCAGGGGGUGAUGCGGUAGAAGGGCUGAGAGAUGUCGAAUAUAUACGUGUUGGAGCCUCCUACAAAAGGGAAGGUCAUAUUCAACAGCACAGUAGGCCCUCUGGACAUCGAGCUAUGGCCCAAAGAGGCGCCCAAGGCCGUCAGAAAUUUUGUACAGCUAUGCCUCGAGGGUUACUAUAACAACACCAAUUUUCACAGAAUUAUCAAGUCAUUUAUGGUCCAGGGUGGAGACAAAACUGGCACCGGGCAAGGUGGUGAAACUAUCUAUGGAGCUCCUUUUGCUGAUGAAUUUCACUCUCGUUUACGAUUUAAGCAUAGGGGCCUUGUUGCAUGUGCCAAUGCUGGAUCUCCCAAUACAAACAACAGUCAGUUUUUUAUUUCUCUGGAUCGAUGUGAUUGGCUUGACCGUAAGCACACCAUUUUUGGAAAGGUCACGGGAGAGUCAAUCUUCAAUCUUUUGAAGCUGGGAGACAUUGAGACAGGUGAAGAUGAUCGACCUAUAGAUUCCCCUCCAAAAAUAAUCUCAGUUGAGGUAUUAUGGAACCCUUUUGAGGAUAUUGUUCCAAGGAAGAUUCUCAACCUAUCAGAGCCAGGGGCAACUGAAGAGCCUAGCAAGGAGGAAAAAAAGAAAAGAACAAAAAAAUUGAACUUGCUUUCCUUUGGGGAUGAAGUGGAAGAGGAGGAAAAAGCCUUGGCUUCUGUGAAGGAGAAAAUUAAAAGCAGUCAUGAUGUGCUGAGUGAUCCUCGAUUGUUAAAGGGAGAAGCUGAACUGGAUUCUUUGGAGUCAAUAAGGAAGAAGGAAUUACAAACAUCAGUAAGAGAAGCUCUCAAUGCAAAUAAGAUUGGUUCUUUGAAAAAGGGGGACAAGAAAGCGUUGUCUGAUGUAGAUGGCUAUAGUGAUGAGGAUGAGGCAGAUUUUGAUGCAAGGAUGAGACAGCAUAUCCUUGGCAAAAGAAAACAAUUGGGUGAUUUGAGGGACAAGCCACGUGAUGAAAUGAAAGAAAAAGACAUUUUGCAGAAAAGGGAGCCUUCUUCACCCACGAGAAUCAGUAAAGAGGAUUCAGAUGAUCAAGGUGCCAGGCAAGAAAAACUCACCUUGAAAAAGAAAGGUCUGGGGUCACAAGCCAGGGCUAAUCUUGCUGAAAACGCAGAUGUAGAUGCACAACUUCUAGGUCCUGCUGAACAGAGGCGGCAGAUGUACAAACAGAAAAAGCGAAGUCGGCAAGGCCGAGAAGAGGAAACAUUGGCAAGACUUGAGAAAUUCAAGAAUUUUUUGGGAGAGCCAAAGAACUUACCUACAGAUAAAUCAGAACUCAGUAAUGAUGAAGAUAAUGAUAUGGGUUGGCAUUUACAUACGUUGAAAUUCAUGUCUGAUGCUUCCAAGAAGGAUGACAUGGCCACCAAAGAUGAUCCAGAUGCCUAUACGGUUCAUGAUCCACUUCUUGAGAAAGGUAAAGAAAAGUUCAACAAAAUGCAAGCAAAAAUGAAGCGUCGCCAACGUGAAUGGGCUGGAAAAUCUCUUACAUGACUCUUUCAGUGAUAUAAUUAUCAUAUAUUGUAGAAGCUGAAGAGAAGAUGUAAGUGAAAUUGAACUCAAAUUUAAUUUGAGAUUGUAAAUUGUAACAAUCAUGCAUUUAAGGCUGCAUAUGAUCCUAUUAAGGCAUUGGAUGAAUAUUGUGUUAAAGCUCUUUGGAGCAAAGAGGGAUGAGCAUGCAUUUGGUUGAUAGGGGCUGAGGUAUUUUUUGAAAUUGCCAUCUGCUUUCAGUAGGGCUCAGAUGAGAGCGUUUUGUUUGUAAGGAAAUUAACUUGCCCAUUCUUUGCAGUUUUCCCCCUUUUCUGUUUGCUGAUUGACAGAUUGGUUCAAUCAGCAUCAGGGAUUUUACUAAUUUUUAGAUAAAAUAUCUAGUUCCAUAGCCCAUACUUAUAACUUGAUCUUCUGAAUGAGAGAAUGAAGCAUGUCACGUCUAUUGCUCA